AUGCCGCUGGUGAAGAGGAAUAUCGAACCUCGGCACCUUUGCCGGGGGGCUCUUCCCGAGGGGGUGACGAGUGAGCUGGAGUGUGUCACCAACAGCACGCUGGCUGCCAUCAUCAAGCAGCUGGGCAGCCUCAGCAGGCACGCCGAGGACAUCUUUGGCGAGCUGUUCAAUGAAGCCAACAGUUUCUACAUGCGGAUGAACUCGCUGCAGGAGAGGGUGGACCUGCUGGUCAUCAAGGUGACGCAGCUGGACUCCACCGUGGAGGAAGUUUCGCUGCAGGACAUCAACAUGCGGAAAGCCUUCAAGAGCUCCACGGUGCAGAACCAGCAGGUUGUGUCUCGCAACUCCAUCCCCAACCCGGUGAUGGAGAUGUACCAGCGCUGCGACCCCCCCCCGCCACUCAACAUCCUCACACCUUACAGGGAUGACAAAAAGGACGGCCUCAAGUUCUACACCGACCCCUCCUACUUCUUCAACUUAUGGAAGGAGAAAAUGUUGCAGGCGACAGAAGAUAAGCGAAAGGAGAAGCGCAGGCAGAAGGAGCAGCGGCUGGUGGAGGACUCCACGCGGGAGGUGAAGAAAGUGAGGAAAGCCCGCAACCGGCGCCUGGAGUGGAACAUGAUGGCAUAUGACAAAGAGUUCCGACCCGAUAACAGGUUCUCCCCAUCCCCCUACCACAUGGCGUCAUCGGAAGGAUCACUGUCCCCAGAUAAUAGAUCUUACGCAUCGGACGCAGCCGACCACUCGUACCCGGCCAGCCCCAACCACCCGGCGCAGCUGCUGGCCCCAGCGUCCCACCUGGCCCCAGCGGAGCACAAGGAGGGGGUGCUGGCAGCUGCCCCCCCCCAGGAGCACGUCUACCGUCCGGCACCAGCUGCGAGCAGCCGGCAGAACAGCCUCAACCGCCUCCAGCAGCCCCACGUGCCACAGCCCCCCGAGGCCAUCCUCAACGGGCCGAGACCACACUUAGUCAAGGAUUACGGGCCCCCCGCUGUCGCCGCCUCGCCGGCACACUCGGCAUCGCCGCCAGCCCCCGCUGUGGAGCCCCGGAAGCCGCAGAUCCCGCUGAUGCCCAUGAGCGAUGCCCGGAGCGACCUGCUGGCAGCCAUCCGCAGGGGAAUCCAACUCCGGAAAGUCCAGGAGCAAUGGGAACAAGAGGCCAAAAAAGAGCCCGUGGGCAAUGACGUAGCGACGAUCCUGUCCCGCCGGAUCGCUGUGGAGUACAGCGAGUCCGACGACGACUCCGAGCUGGAUGAUAACGAGUGGUCGGACUGA